GUUUAGUUUAACUCUUGCUGGUAAACUGGAUAGACCAAAAUGUUUAAAAUUAUUUUAGCGGCAUUUAUUUGCGGCUCGUUAAGUUUAUCUUCCGUCGUUUCAAAAUCUGAUUGGUGGGAAGAUGGAUCAUUCUAUCAAAUCUAUCCAAGGUCAUGGAAGGAUAGUGACGGAAAUGGAAUAGGAGAUUUGAAAGGAAUAACUGAGAAGCUUGAAUACCUGAAAGAAAUUGGAAUAACUGCAACAUGGCUUUCUCCAAUUUUCCAAUCUCCAAUGGCAGACAAUGGCUACGAUAUUUCGAACUUUACCAAUAUUGAUCCAAUUUUCGGAACUCUAGAAGACUUUGAUGCUCUUUUGAAGAAGGCUAAGAGUAUUGGACUCAAGGUUAUUUUGGACUUUGUCCCAAACCACUCCAGUGACGAAUGUGAAUGGUUCCAAAAGUCUGUUAACCGCGAAGAUGGAUAUGAUGAUUUCUACGUUUGGGAUGAUGGCAAGGAUGACCCAAUGAAUCCGGGGAAGAAACUUCCACCAUCCAAUUGGAUAAGCAUUUUUAAUGGUUCCAUGUGGGAAUGGAAUGAGAAACGUCAGCAAUUCUAUUUGCAUCAAUUUUUGAAAGAGCAGCCUGACUUCAAUUUCCGCAAUCCAAAAGUCCACACAGCAAUGUUGGAAGUUUUGAAGUUUUGGCUUGAUCGAGGUGUGGAUGGCUUUCGUAUUGACGCUGUUACUCAUAUGUACGAGAAGAUUUAUGAAAAUGGUACCUAUCCUGAUGAACCACUUAGUGGUACUACAAACGAUUCUAACACUCAACAUUAUGUGAAACAUAUCUACACACAAGAACAAUAUGAAACAGUUGAAUUACUUUAUGAAUGGCGGGAAUUUCUGGAUGAUUACAAAAAACAAAAUGGAGGCGAUACAAGAAUACUUUUGGCAGAGGCUUACGUAAGUCUUGACAGUAUUGAUCAAUAUGCUGGCAAUGGUACACAUUUGGGCGCUCAUCUACCAUUCAACUUUGAUCUUACGUCAAUAAAUGCCACGUCGGAUGCCCGAGAUGUAGAAGGUUUUGUUCAUAAUUGGAUGGAUCGAAUGUGGACGAAACAUCAAAUGGCUAAUUGGGUGGUUGGCAAUCAUGACUUGAAAAGAAUUGCCUCCCGAGUCGGUGAUGAUUUAAAAGAUUUAGUAAACGUUGUCCUUGCUGCUCUUCCUGGUGCAACUAUAACAUAUUACGGAGAAGAAAUAGGAAUGGUCAAUGUGGAUUGUAACGGACCUUGUUCUGAUACACGAAUUUUGGGAAGAUCUCCAUUCCAAUGGAACGAUGGAAUUUCAGCAGGAUUUUCCUCAUCACCAAACACCUGGUUACCGGUAGCCCAUAAUUAUAAGAAAGUCAAUGUGAAAAUUCAGCGUGGUGUUGCAAGUAGUACGUUGAAUGUCUUCAAAGGCUCACAAAAGCUCAAACAUACAGCAGCGUUCAAGGAAUUCAAGGAUGAGGGAGGUUUCAGUUAUGGAGCUUUGAAUGAUAACGUUUUUCAAAUUAUUCGUGGUAAAUCAAGAGGGGAAUAUCGUGUUUUGGCAAAUUUCGGAAAUAAGGUUGAAAAUAUCGGUCAACUGUUCACCAAGGCCAUGAAAGAUGAUAAGAAUAUUUACGAAUAUGCCUUAGUAACAAGUCAUUCUACGCACAGGAUUGGUGAAAGAGUGAAGCUAAAUGAAAUUUUCAUGGUACCCUAUGAAACGGUUGUGCUCAAAAAAAUUAACAAUUGAAAAAUUAUUUUGAAAACGUAAUGCAAUAAAAUAUAUUUCUUUCAAGAUAUUAAAAACAAAUUUCAUAUUUUAA